AUGCGUGUCAGUCCAGUACAACUAGACCAUUUCUUAACGUUUAUCACCAGCCCACACAUCAUACAGGAUCUUCCAUUUGGUCAGCGCAAUCUCCAGUUGUCAAAUGGUCAAGUCAUUGAAACACCCAAUGUUAUACGGACUAUGAUUAAACAGCGUACCAUCAUGCAGUAUGUUCAAUACUGUGAGGAUUUUAAACCAUUUAGUACCUUGACGAUGAACCAUAUCCUCACAUCUUGUUCAGCAUCUGUCAGAAAGUCUCUUCAGGGAUUAGAUUAUAUAUCUGCAGAAGGUGGAACAGGAUUUGAUGAUCUUGCAACAAUCACAGACAAGCUCAUCGACUAUGGUCUUGAUCCCUGCAAUGGUCAGAAACUUCAAAAGGCACUGAAGGAGGGAAAACAAUACCUCAAAACCGAUUUUAAGGUAAAAUUAUGAUACAUAUCGUAUUUACUUGAAUAAGCGCUAUGGCGUUUAUUAAAUUUUUCGCGGCACCCAUACAGCGCUUAUAUUCAGGUGCAGCGUUUAAUCAGAUGAAUUGCUUAUUCGAGUAUACGUUAUUUGAUGUUGGUCUUUACAAUCUUAUUAGACGAAUGAUUUUUCUCUAGUCUCCAUUAAAUGCUUAGCAGUGCUAUAAAUGAAAAUGUUAUCGCCGAUCAUAUGCUUAUGCACACAAUCUGUUUACAACCACAAACACUCAACACCCAAGGUUUUCGAAAUCAAAGUAUUAUCAUUUUUAUUUCAGGUUCAUGUAGCUCAGACGUCUAGUACAGCUGAUCAUUGCCUUUCAUUAGCCCUAAGCGAUUCCAAGGAAAAAAGGCUACAUGAGCCUUGUGAUCACCCCCAUGACAAGUCUUGCCAAUCCUGCGAGCAGUUGAAAACCCUGAAUGAACUAAAAGACCAAACUAAAAUUUUGGCAGACAAAGACGAUGAUUUGCUUUAUUGCUACCAACAGGCAGCUCAAGCCAUUGAAAGCUGGAAGUCUCAUCUGCUUCGAUCUGUGCAGCAAGACAAAGCCCGUACUGAUAUCCUGGAACUUCUAGAUGAAAGUUCUGUACUGAUAACUCAAGAUUGGGCCAUGAAAUUCCUACCGCAAAAGUUCUGAGAAACCCAAGCUGACUGGUUUGGAAAGCGGGGAAUUUCAUGGCACAUAUCUGUGGUUGUAUGCAAAGUCCAACGUAACCUGCAACACCGGACUUUAGUCCACAUCGUAAAGAACUCCCCUCAAGAGCGUGACACAGUAAUAUGGAUUAUGGAACAUGUUCUGGCAACCUUGAAAUUAGAGCACCCCGAGAUAUCAACUGCCUAUUUUCGCCAAGACAAUUGGUUGUUACCACAGCGUGGCCUUACUUUGUGCAUGUCCUGAGAUAUCUAAGCACACAGGUAUCCACAUCAAAAGGGUCGACUUCAGCGAUCCUCAAGAAGGAAAAGGCGCCUGCGACCGCAAAGCAGCCACUGUCAAAGGACAUGUGAGAAGGUACAUUAACGAAGGACAUGAUGUGGCAACUACUGAAGGUUUUAAGGAUGCAAUAAUCUCAUGGUGGGAUACAUGGAGUACGAGUAGCACUUGUAGAUGAUGCAGAUUGUGAGAUCUCAGUCGUGGGCAAAUGGGAUGGUAUUAGCACUUUGAAUAAUUUUUCAUUUGACAAAGAUGGCAAGAGCAUUACCGUGUGGAAGUCGUAUGAUGUUGGUGAAGGUAGAAAAGUAAAGUGGAGUAAGCUUCCAG